CCGAGGCGCCGCCGCGGCCGCCAUCUUGGUUACUAAGGCUGGAUGGUUAAAUAAAGGCCAAAGUAGGACCACUUGCCUCGCUUUCGCCGCCUUUGCUUUUUUGGGACUAUCGAUUUGUCUAAUGAUAAUGCGGAAAACCCACGAAGCCUAACAAAAACGCCAUGUUUUUACCUGACAGGACACCACUCUAGGAAUCUCUGGGUCCUCCAGGGCAACUCUGUGGUCAACACCUGCCAGACAUUGACCAUAGAGUUGCUCUGGAAGAGCUAGAAAGGCUCAGUGGAGGGUUCUCUCUAGGAAUCUCUGGGUCGUACUCCAAGGCAACUUUUGCUUAAAGUUGACCAUAGAGUUGUGCUGGAGGACCUAGAUAUUCCUAGAAGGAACGUGAAAGUCAAAGCCUUGGGUGGUGUCUUCCUGCGGAGCAGAAGAAUGGCUUGGACUAGAUGGCCCUCGGGGGUCCCUUCUAACUCCAGGAGUCUCUACAUUCCUUUAUGGCAGAAGGGGGUUGGAAUGGGUGACCCUCAUGGGUCCCUCCUUCCCACUCUGUGAUUCCAGAGGGUUUUCUUGGCUGCUGAGGCUGAGGCUGAGAGAGAGUGAGAUGGUAGAAACCUCUCUCUAAGACCCUCUCUCUGCAAUGGGGCUGGUCCCUAGCAGAGGAGGAAAGGCAGCUGGGAAGCUGAGCCUGGGGCUCUGGGGAGAGAGGGAGGCAGGGAGGGUCCGCAAAACCUGCAACCCAACCCCAAACCUGCCCUCGGAGGCGGCCUGAGUGGCAGUCACUGGGUCUCCCUUGCUGCCGCUCGAUGGGCAUCAGAGGCGCUGCUGAGCUUUGGGCACCUUGGCUGCAAAGAAGGAAGGAAGGAAGGAAGGAAGCGGAGGCGCUGCGCUUGGCUGGGAAGAGAAAGAGGAGGAAGGAGAAAAGGAAGAAGGAGGCGAAGAAGAGGGAGGCAACUGGACAUCUGACCCUCCUCCUCCUCCUCCUCCGGCCAAGGCUCAGGGCCUGCCUCCCAUGAUGUGUGACAUGGGCCUGGUCUCCCCAGAGCUGUCCAGCCUGGCGCCCUUCUAUGCGGAGGCCCCCGACGCCUAUUGCCAGGACGAUGACCGCUGGCAGAGGCUGCGCACCGCCGUCCGGAAGCUGGAAUUCUGGGAGAACUUCGAUGCUGAGCUCAUCGGCAGCGGCUUCUUCUCCAAAGUGUACAAGGUCGCUCCAAGCUCCUGCAAUGGCAAAGCGAUGGUGGUGAAGAUCUACAAGAACGAUGCCGACCAGGAAGGGAUUGUGCGGGAGAUCAGCUUGCUGCAAAAGCUCUCUCAUCCCAAUAUUGUCAGGUAUCUUGGGAUCUGCGUGAAGGAUGACAAGUUAUACCCCAUUCUGGAGUAUGUGAACGGCGGGUGCUUGGAGGAGCUUUUGGCCUGCAAAGACAUCUCCCUCAGCUGGAAGGAGAAAGUGGACCUGGCUUCAGACAUCACCCGAGGGAUGGUCUACCUGCACUCCAAGAACAUCUACCACCGGGACCUCAACUCAAAGAACUGCCUGAUCCGAGUGACCCCGAGGGGACGGGAGGCCUUGGUGACCGACUUCGGACUGGCCAAAGAAGUGGUGGAGGUGGCUGCUAAGGACCCAGAGAGGAAGCUGUCUCUGGUGGGCUCGGCCUUCUGGAUGGCCCCCGAAAUGCUGCGGGGAGAACCUUAUGACCGGAAGGUGGACGUCUUCUCCUUCGGCAUCGUCUUGUGUGAGAUUCUGGGGAGGAUCCCUGCUGACCCUGAAGUUCUGCCCCGGACACAGGAUUAUGGCCUGGAUGUCUCUGCUUUCCAAGACUUGGUAGGGGAAUGUCCGAAGCAAGUUCUGGAUUUGGCUUCCAGCUGUUGCAGAGUGGAAGCGUUCAAGCGCCCUUCAUUCUCCGAACUCCUGGAGGAACUGGAAGACGCAGCAGAGCGGCUGGAGUCGGCCGCAGUGGACAGCCAGUCUCCCGGAUGAAGCGUCCAGCGGAGCACUGGACUCUAAAUGGACAUCUGUAUAUCUCAAAAGAAAAGCAGGGAGAAGGGUGUGAGGGACGGAGGACUUUUAGGAAGACGACAUCCAGGAUGCCUUGCUCUCUAUUGGACACAAACGGGUGGACCAUCUUCCAUCUAGGAAGGAGCAUCUUCACAGCCAGACAGCCUCCCAUCUCAACCUUAAAGGCCCCUGGAGGUCACUUUGUCCAGUUCUGGACUGUGUGCUAUGAGAAAGAGAGAGAAAAUCCAAUUAUUCAAACACUGGACCAGUUAGAUGGCUCUAGCCAGCAAGCCAAGCUGUGUGCCGCUGGAGUGUUUCCAUUGCAUAGUUGACUCUUUUUUCCGCCUUUUCUUGGUGUCCACUUUUGCCAUAUUGUGCCCAUUCCUCACUUCAUGCCUUGGUCGCCCUUGACUCCGCUUUGGCCAUCCGACCCCAUGAGCAAAACUAAGGACUUAAUACUUGCAACAUGUAGUUAUAAUUCUUGAAAUGUGCCAUAGAGAGUGGGAAGAAGCCAAGUUAGAAUUAGUUUUUUGGGGGGUAUGGAGGAAUGGUGAUUGAUUAUAGACAAAUGCAUGGGAAUGCAGGUGCUUUAGGCCAUAUUUCAGAGGAAGGAACUGGCAAAACCAUGUCUGAGUAUUCCUUCCCUAAGAAAACCCUAUGAAACGUAUGGGGUUGCCAUAAAUAGACAGCCAUGGCUUGAUGCUAUGGAAUUCUGGGAGUUGUAGUUUUGUGAGGCAUUUAACCUUUUCUGCCUACUUAUGGCGACCCCUAUUGGCCCAAGCUGGAAAAGCCUCUUUUAAUAUAUAGUAGCGCAUUGCAAUUUUGUUGUUGUGUAAUUAUUGGAGAGCUUAUUAAGGAAUACAGAUGCUUCUUCCCUGAGGAAAGGCAGUAAGGGUUGUUCUAGUUUGUGCUUUUCUUCACCAAAGACACACAACAGCACCCCAAGAACAUUAACUCACUGAUAUUGUCAGACUGCAACUCCCAUCAGCCCCAGUGGCAAAGUAUUAUGGGCGCUGUAGUCAAAAACAACUGCAGAGCCCAAGCUUCCUGCUAGGAGAAACCCUUUUAUUUUGUUUUAUUUCCACAGGUUCAUAGAAUAUUUUAUGCAUUUUAUUUUUUAAAAAGCUGUAGCUAUCCAGAAAGGCUAGGAAAUUAAUCCCUUUUCCCCUCACAUUUUGCCUCCUUUUGCCCUUGGAGGCAUUUCCUGAGAGGAAAGAAAAAAAAAGGAGAAACAAAUCUGCUCCAUAUUUAGAGGAUUACUAUUUGUUAGCUUAUCUCUGGGCAGAUAAUGUUGGGAUUCUGAGGGAAGGAAAAAGAUGGGCCUUAGGUUUCUGAGGGGGGGAAAAUACAUCUUUUUGGUUUCUGAGGGGAAAAAUGUCUUUUUGGUUUCUGAAGGCACCAAAUAUAUCCCUUUGGUUUCUGAGGGAGAAGCAUAACAUAUUUUACCUCAGAGAGGGAAAACCAAAUAUAUUUUUUUUCUCAUCAUACAAACACAGAGCUCCCUAUAAGUUUGCUUCAGUUUCUGAGGGAAAUGGAGGAAUUGUCUAUUGUUGUACCAUACACUCAAAAUGCUCCCUAUAACCUUGGUUCAGUUUUUGAGAGAAAUGGAGGCAUUGUCUAUUGUUGCAAAAAAUACACAAAAUGCUCCCUAACUUCAGUUUCUGAGGGAAAUAGAGGCAUUGCUGGUUGUGCCAUACACACAAAAUUUUCUGAGGGAAAUGGAGCAACUGUCUAUUGUCGCAAGGACAGAAGAACUCCCUAACCCUGCUCCAGUUUUUAAGGGAAAUGGAGGUAUUGUCUCUUGUUGCAACACACCCACAAACACACAGAAUGCUCCCUAUAACCUUGCUUCAGUUUCUGAGGGGAAUGGAGGCAUUGUCUAUUGUUGCAACACACCCACAAACAUACAAAAGAGCUCCCUAACCCUUCUUGAGUUUCUGAGGGAAAUGGAAGCAUUUUCUCUUAUUGUACCACACAAACACACACUGCUGUGUUUGUACAGUAAUUUUCUUUUGGUGUAUUUUGAGAUAGCCCCAUUGUUGAGGCAUUUUUGAGGAGGAAUGUUCCAGAAAGCCAAACGACUUGCCUCAGAUUACGCAAUUAGCACCAGAAACUUGGACAGAAACGGCCUAAAAAUCCCAUUUUCCAUCUUCCUCAACUAAAGUAAACUCACUGAAUUGACUUACAUUGCAUUAAUUUAGGUGAGAUUGGUCUCACAAAGCGACACCGAAUGUCCCCUUUAUAUUGAAGAUGCAUAUGUGUAUUUUUCUCUCUCCUUUUAGUAUAACAUUUAAAAUUGUUUCCAGUGCUAACUGGCAGCUUAAUGACCUUUUCCACAAUUAUGUUUUGUGUAUCUGUAUUGUGUGUGUUCUGGUUCCUUGCCAUCUCGUCUUUGAUCUGGAGAAAAAGAUGUAAAUACACAACAACAAUACCAUUUCCAUUCAUCAAAAGUAGUUCAGCAAGUAGGAAUUAAGUUACUGCGUUCGACUAACAGUUUCUAGUUAUUCGCUGGAUUACAGUUAAAAUUGUAUUUAUUGCAGUAAACCCAUGCAGUUCAUGGCUUAAAGGAGUUUUUGAUAGUAUUGCUAAAUAAGUAUUCUUUGAGUACCACACUUUCUU